GUCUGCUCUCCAUGGGGAACUAGUGGAGGGCGUAAUACGACCGCAACUUUCGCACAUUAUAAUGAAAUAAAAAAGAAAAAAAAACUUUGAGAAGCUUAAGUUAUACAAGCUGAUAGCUCUUUGUGGUGUGGUGCUAUACGGUUCGGGUUCUUCUUGUUUACCACUUCGUAAUAGGGAGAAAUUCGAUUAAAAUGGCGACUGGUGUAGAAUCGCACAGUGGAGAAAAUGCAAGUGGAAUUCGUGAAGGAUUUAUUUGUCCCAUUUGUAUGGAAGAUUUUGUGACAGACGAAAAAUUACUUCUUCAUUUUGAAGAAGCUCAUGAUACCGAAGAGGAUAAGGAUGUUCUUCAGGCAUUUAAAGAUUUUCUUGGGAAAGCGAAGAAGAUCCUGAAGUCAGACAACCCAUUUGAAAUUCUUGAGAAGGCCAAUAGUAAAUCUAGCAGCCAGAAAAAGCAGGAGCAUAUUGAAUGGGAUCCCCAGGAUUUUGGCGUAAUACGCAGUCAUUGGUCGGACUUCCGUAAAUUUCGUAGCAACCGCAUGGAUUUUUACGCCGCCGAAACAAAUAAAUUAAUCAUCAGACUCGAUAAAAUUGUAUCCUGCUUGCCCAGUGAGGCCACCAAGAGACGGGAACAUGAACAGAGCGUAGUAACUUGGGUUAAUGACGAAGAUGUACAAUUAUGCCCGCAGUGUGCCAAGUCCUUUAACAUCCUCAGGCGGAAACAUCACUGCAGAGUAUGUGGCACUGUUCAAUGCCACCAGUGCAGUCAGUUUCUCUUGCUUUCAUUUGCGAGAAAAUUAACGAAUCCCAGCUAUAUUCCAGCUUUAGAUGACAGCAAAGACAAUAUACCAAGUCCUCCUAAACGAUUAACUCACGCCGCCUUCAAUGCCCUUAAACGGACGGGAUCAACCACCUCCUUAACUUCUCUAAUCGAUACCGAUACCGGGGAGGGUCAUAUUAGGGUUUGUUUUUAUUGCAAACAGCUUCUUGAACGACGUGAACUGCAAAUGGACAGCCGAAGCCAGAACACUGUUAUAGCAGAACUGUAUAGUGAAAUGCGAAAGUACAUGGAAAAAGGCAAGGAGUUGAUGCCGGUUUAUUUGAAAAUGCUUGAAUCCUUUAGUCAAGGUGAAUCCACUUACAGUUUAAAAGAUGCUCAAGAAUGCCGUCUUAAACUGCUGAAAAUUGCUGAAUACGUCGAUGGUUACAGUAAAAAAAUCCAGUCCUUGGGUAUUGACGAUGAAAAGAAUCCAACGACAGGCACUGCCCUUUCAUUGCAACUAAAAAUUCGUCUAUCUGCCGUAAAUUUUCUGAAGGAAAAUCUGCUUGGGUUGCCCAAUUUACCUACAGAUGAACAACUCAUGGCGUUACAAGCCGAAAGACGUCAAGCCAUCGAAAAUCGUAUAGCUCAGGAAAAAAAAGCUGUUUUCGAAAAACGUGAAACGGAAACAAGGCGAUACGCCGAUGGUCAUAGAGAAAUUGAAGCGGUUUCGGUGGAUAGAGGCUGGGGAGUAGAAACUUCUUACAUACGAAACGUAAACGAGUCGGAUGAUCCCAUGCUACAACAAAUGCAAAUAAUGAGAAAUUACAUUCAACAAGCAAGACGUGCGAAUCGUUACGAUGAUGUUGUCAUAUUAGAGGCAAAUUUACGCGAUCUUCAGGUCGAGCAUGAACGAUUGCGAUCCCAGCCAUCGUAACAAAAGUUUCUGUCGACAUUCCAUCAUAGGAUCAAAUUGUAUUUGGUUAGAUACUACGUUUAUUCAUCCCAAAAUGUGAUAUUCUUUAUUGGAGAAUACGAUGAUUGUCUACGUAAUAAUCAACGCUGUAAACUUCAUUUUUAAUGUUAAAAGAUGUAGUAAAAACUAAUAUCUUAUUGGAGAAUUCUAAUUUGCUUAGAUUUGAAUCGUUAGAUUUCCUUUGCAGUUCGAGAAUAGCCAAAAUGCAUUCUGAGUGAGCAUAAAAUGGUAUUGGUUUCGCAAAUGUUAAUAGAACACAAAUCCCUCAAUGAAUUCGUUUGUCGGCCGUGUGUUGACUUUAACCGGUGAGAAUACCAAGAAAUACACGAUCAUUGAUUUUUUCUA